GUUGUGAGACAGUCGGGACAGGGCUGGUGGCGUUAGGCCGAGUGGGGUCGUGCGGCUGGGCGUGAGGCCAGAGAGAAGAAAAGACCCUCCCUGGAAGAGAACAGGGAUAUGGCUGAGGGUAACAAUCGCCGCUCCGGCUAACGGGGCGGGGGAUGCCGAGAAGAGGGCUUAUAUAAAAUUGGUCAUACAACCACAACCUCUGAGGUCCCAGCAAGAGUCCUAGCAUCUAGCAGCUGUACCACCACAACAGGUCCCCCCAAACUAAUCCCAACAAGCACAUCUAAAGGUUAAGACUACCUUUCCAGAUAAGUCCAGCAGCUAAUUCACGUUUCCAAGGACAUUUGCAUCACCUGUGGAAAACAUCAGAUUCUUGCACACCAGAUGUCCUUGACAGCUCAUCUCAUCAUCCCCCUGCAUAAAAGUUGCUGCACCAGCAGACAGCCAAGGCAACUACUGAGCUUCUUUUCAUUACCAAGUAGAUAUAAUAUCACUGCCAGCAAAACAGACUGCACAAAGUCUCUCUUCACAAUAUCACUACCAGUUGAGACCAUGCUAAGAAAACCAGCUUGCCUAAAUGAGGACCCCUUCUCUUCUUGGGUAGCCAGGAUUUGAAGGAGAUACUCUGUGACCUGUGCCACUGGUAAGUGACUAACACUUUUACACACUGAACUGAUCCUGAGAACUGAAACGUCUUCCUUGUAAGUGAAGAAUAUACAACAUAAUCUUGAAGAACUGCACAGUGGUGUGGGCCAGAGUAUACUUUGUGUGUGUAGUGGACUGAGACAGACAAAUUAAUCUUGGUGAAAGGAUUUUUCAUCUCUUGUUGCUAUACGCCAAUGUUAGUCAGUGUUCUGCUGGCUUAGAUUGUUACCUUUUUCUGGUUCCUUACUCUGUUUUAUUCUAAUGGGUCCCAGAAAUCCCUCUCCUGAUCCCUUAUCAGAAUCAGAAAGUGAGGAAGAAGAAAACACCAGCUACCUAAAUGAGAGUUCUGGGGAAGAGUGGGAUUCCUCUGAAGAGGAGGACCCCAUGGUGCCCAACUUAACACCUCUUGAGAGUCUUGCCUGGCAGGUUAAGUGCCUUUUAAAAUAUUCUACAACCUGGAAACCUUUAAAUCCUAAUUCCUGGUUAUAUCAUGCUAAACUCUUAGAUCCAAGCACACCUGUCCAUAUACUUCGAGAGAUAGGUCUAAGACUCUCCCAUUGCUCCCAUUGUGUCCCCAAACUGGAACCAAUUCCUGAAUGGCCCCCUCUGGCCUCUUGUGGAGUCCCACCUUUUCAAAAGCCCCUUACAAGUCCCAGCCGGCUCUCUCAAGAUCAUGCCACUCUAAAUGGAGCACUGCAAUUUGCCACCAAACAGUUAAGCCGAACUUUGAGUAGAGCCACUCCCAUACCUGAAUACCUAAAACAGAUCCCUAAUUCAUGUGUUUCUGGUUGUUGUUGUGGCUGGCUAACUAAAACAGUUAAGGAAACAACCCGCACUGAACCCAUCAACACUACUUACUCCUACACUGACUUCCAAAAGGCAGUUAACAAACUCCUAACUGCAUCACUGUAAAUUUCCACCAUUUGCUCUGAUAUCUGUGAUAUUGCUAAUUGAGAAAGCGGUACAGAGUUAAUCAUUAUACAGCCCACAGUUGAGAAACUAAUGUCUUCUCAACCAAUCUAUGCCAUGCCCUGGCAAGCCAAAGUACUACCAAGCACCAAAUAUAUACCCACGGGUCCUAUAACUCUGCUACAGAAGAUGUGUAUUGUGCACAUAUCCUUUGACAUACCCUGUAGAUAAAAUGAGAAUUUCAAUGGAAAAUUAGCCAAAAGAAACCAUAUUACAAAAGAUAAGUUGAAUAUUCUCCACAUUCAGUUCUCUCCUGCCACUCCUCCAACCCCCAAUUCACUCUGCUUAUCUGAAGAGACUUUAACUAGACACCUGAUUUUUAAUGGGAAGUAAAAAGUAGACCACCACCCAUUUUGUUACCUAACACUCAGAAUAGCCAUGUGGAGAGCAAGAAGUUGGCUACCCCCAAUACCUUUCUCAGCAUACUCUUCUCUGACAUUCUUUCCUAGGGAGGAAGUUGAGGUAAAUUGAAUAACUACACGAAAGGAAACUAAUGGGGAUAUGGAUUUCUCUCCCAGCUUUUAUAUAAAUAUGCUUACAUAUGGCACCCUUUAGGGGUUCUUAUCUUUUGUUUGGAGAUGAGAGUUUGUAGUUUCAAACCUAGCCUACACUACUCCAAACCUAUUAUGGUACUUGCAAUUACAGCAUGAACAUUCUGUUUAGACACCCACCAGUCUGUCUCUGGCUAAUUUGGCCGGUAACAUUAUCCCUUGGGAUUAACACCUGUUCUGUAGGCAAUAUGUUUCUUGAAUAUACUCAGACUUUUAUCAACAGCAAAUAAAAUACAUUCCAAAAGAUGAAUGGGAAAGGAUUAAGAGAGCAUUCAUGCUUUCAGUAUUAACUGCUGAUGGAUUGAAGUAUUUCAUCUGUAUACCAUUUUCUAGAGUAGAAGUUUAUGCACUUUCCAUAUACAUUGCAAACUUUUCAGGAACCCUUCUAAUUUUAAAGAAACUUUCUAUAGAAAAGCCCAGCCUAAUACAAUCUGAAGUUAAGAGUUUUAGCAGCACUGUUUUUCUAAGUAGAUUAGCUUUAGAUUUUCUUCUGGCUAAAAAAGGAAGAGUAUGUGCCCUUGUAAGUGAGUUUUGUUGUGUUUAUUUAAAUGAGUCAAAACAUAGAAAUCAGCAUACGUAAAAUAAAAUGCAUGAGACCAUUAAAUCUUUUCAUAUACCCUGCAAUAAAGAGUGAAACCUGUGUGUGGUCCUGGUUGACUAGAAAUCUAAAUGGAAUCAGAAAAUGAAUUGUAAACAGAUUGUUAAAAGUGUAUCAUAUAUCCUCAUUUUAGUUUUGCUUUUUUCUGUUCUCCUUAAUUAAGUGCUGUAUAUAACGUGGCAUCAAAAAAUUGAAGCAGCAGUGGAAUCACAAAUUCUGUAAACGUAUAGCAACUAUAAGGAGACAAAAGAAUGUUUAUAACCUAAUGAGUAUUUCUGCUAGGCCUUAGUUGUUCCAUCUUAAGGAAAAAGGAGGGAUUGUAGUAGGUAGAAAAAAAUAUUUGUUAGUGGAAAUUAUUGACCUGAAACCAUAUCAUACUGUUAGUGUAACUAAAUGUAUCAAACUGUUCCUAUGUAGAUUUUCUGUGAAAUUGGUUUUUAAAAUGUUACUAGAACCUGUUUCCUUUUUUUUUUAAAGGCGGGGUGAGUAGGAAAGAAGUCUGAAAAUUAAAAUAUGUUGAUGUUUAUGUUUCUGUAAUAUGUUCCUCUGUGUGUGUGUUUGUGUGUGUGUGUGUGUGUGUGUGUGUGCGUGCACGUGUGUGUGUUAAGUAAGUAAAAGUGCCUUGCUCAUGAAUGCAUUUUUGCUAUUAACUCUGAAAGGAAGCCUUUUCCCAGCUUGGCAGCU